AUGGGUUCGAUCAUGACGCCUGCCGCCGAGAAGCCGCACGCGGUGUGCCUGCCGUACCCGGCACAGGGGCACAUCACCCCCAUGCUCAACGUCGCCAAGCUGCUCCACGCCCGGGGCUUCCACGUCACCUUCGUCAACACCGAGUACAACCAGGCCCGCCUCAUCCGCUCCCGCGGCCUCGCCGCGGUGGCCGGCCUCCCGGGCUUCCGCUUCGCCACCAUCCCUGACGGCCUGCCGCCGUCCGACGACGACGACGUCACGCAGGAUAUCCCGGCGCUCUGCAAGUCCACCACGGAGACCUGCCUCGGGCCCUUCCGCAGCCUUCUCGCCCGGCUCAACGACCCCGCCACGGGCCACCCGCCGGUCACCUGCGUCGUCUCCGACGUCGUCAUGGGCUUCUCCAUGGAGGCUGCCAACGAGCUCGGCCUCACCUACGUCCAGCUCUGGACCGCCAGCGCCAUCAGCUACCUCGGGUACCGCCACUACCGCCUCCUCAUCGGCCGUGGCAUCGUCCCACUCAAAGGUACAUGCCGAGCAGCUGACGAACGGAUAUCUUGA